AAUCCGUCUCCUGUAGAUCCGAAAGAAUCGGAGGGGGCAAUCUGUAACACUGGGCACAUUGACGCUCGUAGCUCUAACGCGAGGUAUCAGAUCCACGAAACCCUAACCCUGGCCUCUUCAAAAGCCUCUCUCUCUCAGAUUCAAAGCUCCAAACCAAACCCUAACCCUAACCCUAAUCUCACUGAUCGCAGAGAAAGAUGAGCUCUCUGAUCUAUCGAUCCGCGUCUAGGGCCGCGAGGUCUGCUCUCUCGGCUUCCAGGGCCUCGCCUUUCUUCUUCGAAGGACGAGCUGUUGCAGCAGCAGCAACAACUGCAUUCAGAGGAAAGUUUUCAUCUUUAUCUUCAUUCUACGAGAAAGCUAACAGCAAGAGUGCCUCGCAGGGAUGGAUUGCUGGUGCUUUGUCUCUGCUGCAAGUUUCUUACAUGCUUCAAGACCAGGAGGCACAUGCAGCAGAGCUAGAACGCACUUUUAUUGCAAUAAAGCCAGAUGGAGUUCAAAGAGGACUGAUUGCUGAGAUAGUCUCUCGUUUCGAACGCAAAGGUUACAAACUUGUUGCCAUUAAAUUGGUAGUUCCUUCCAAGGAAUUUGCUCAGAAACACUACCAUGAUCUCAAGGAAAGGCCUUUCUUUAACGGCCUUUGUGACUUUCUGAGCUCUGGUCCUGUGCUUGCUAUGGUGUGGGAAGGGGAAGGUGUUAUAAAAUACGGUCGAAAACUUAUUGGUGCCACUGAUCCCCAGAAAUCUGAGCCUGGAACUAUUCGUGGAGACCUAGCUGUUGUUGUUGGAAGAAACAUCAUUCACGGAAGCGAUGGGCCUGAAACCGCCAAGGAUGAAAUUUCCUUAUGGUUCGAGCCUACUGACUUGGUCUCUUAUACCAGCAAUGCUGAGAAAUGGAUCUACGGCGUCAACUAAAAUAAUCCAGUGUUAAUUUCCCCCUUGAUGGAGUGUUAAUCGCCCACUGGAGCGUUCUUGUUGAUCCACAAUUUUCUAUUAAUAUCGGAUAAGAGUUGUCGAGCUCAGACAUGCCUGCAGUUAAAUAAGCUGUGUUCCCUGAAUAAAACUUUUUUUCCUUUUUUCGAUGGUUUUCUUAAGAAUGUAAAGAGGAGCAUGUAACUUGUGUCCAGAAUAAGCAAAAUCUCAAAUAUAAUUUUGACAGUUUUGUUAGUUA